CGCUUCAACUUGGCAAAGAUUUUGGCUACACAGCCGCCACGCUACUGUCGUGCGUCUGAUUGGCCAUCACCAAAGCUUGAUGAUUCCACUCGAGCCAAAUCUUCUCGAAUUAUGCGUUCUAACAACAACACUGCCUUCCGCAUCGACCUCCACGUGAUGUUCUUAUUCACUCUAUCUAUUCAGCUGGUCUGCACGAGCCUUACAACGAAGCGACUUGUAGGCUCUCUCGUUCACAGCCUGUUCUCCCUCCCACAAGGAUCAAUGUGCCCAACGAAUGAGAAGUCGCUGCCGUAGUGAACUGCAAGCUCGACGACAAGCAAUGGAAGUACC